CACAACUCGGGCCUCACGAUCAGGCGUCCGCUAUAGACAGCCCGAUGCCAGAAGGGGUCCUCGGAACGACUCAUCUAGAAGACGAAGGGGGCGUCUCCCCGGCUUCCUGCGGCGUCGGAGGCGAGCUGAGGUGGUGCCUGGUUGCGGCUGCGAAGGCGACUGUGACGGCGGCGCCAUGGCUGGGUUUGCAGGAUCCAUGCUGCCUUGGUGAUCUCGGGCUGACAGCCAGAGAGUACAGCGGCUCAGCUCCUCAUCUUCUGAAGAGUGAGGGCUGAAGAAAGCGGAGGGCAGCUGCCUGCAUCCAGUGGCUCCCAUCUGGCCAAUUCCUGCAUCGGUGUCCAGCGGCCUUGGCGAAGGUCCUGCCCAGCCGAGAUCAUGUAUUGUCUCCAGUGGCUGUUGCCUGUCCUCCUCAUCCCCAAGCCCCUCAACCCUGCUCUGUGGUUCAGCCACUCCAUGUUCAUGGGCUUCUAUCUGCUCAGUUUCCUCCUGGAACGGAAGCCUUGCACGAUCUGUGCCUUGGUUUUCCUGGCAGCCCUGUUUCUUAUCUGCUAUAGCUGCUGGGGAAACUGUUUCCUGUACCACUGCACUGAUUCCCCACUCCCAGAAUUGGCUCAUGACCCUGGUGUGGUGGGCACCUAACAGCCCAGUCAGCUUUCCAAGGAAGCAGAAGACGGGAGGGGAGGCAUUAACUUAGGUCAUAAAAUAUUGGAGUUUCAAAUCCCGCAGCCUUGCGGGUGCCACAUUCCUAACGGCGCCUUUUUGGCCUGUGGUGUUUAAUCCUUAUAAUGUGAAUAAAGGCACUGACUAGUGCUUUUAUUGUAGAGUCCUUUAGUUCUGGGUGAUCUUGUGGUUGUGUGUGUCCUAUCCCCCUCUUGGUCCCUGGCUGGCAGGAUGGCCACCCCCUCAUUCCAUGAGGAAUGUGUGUCCAUACUGGCCAGCCGCUUUAGCAUGACUCGGGCGAUUAAAAUGCAGUGUUGUGUCGCCCCUGUGAUCCCUGUUUGUCAGGGCCUCCUCCCUUCUCGGAAUGGUACUGACUCCUUUGUCCCUCUUCAGAUUUCCCUCUAGCUUUACCCCUUUCCCUUUUUGGCUAGCACCUGUCCAAGACAGGGCUUGUUUUUGCACUUAUCUCAAACUUAAGAGAUUGCUGACGCCCGAGAGCCUCGCUUUUUCCUCCUCCUUUCUCUGCUCAGCAGGCUAGACAGAAAUGUGUCGUAACUGUUUGUUGUCCAUAAAUCUCCAGUAUUUUCUCCACUUCAUUUUUAGGAAAGAAGCAACUGGUGUAGUAUGUUGCUCUUUCACAUGGGUGUUUGGACUCAUGCUUAACCAGCCCAGCCUCCUCCCUCUCUUUGCUUUUCUCCUGCUUUUCUCUGCUGUCCCCAGGAGGGGGGAGGCCCUCGCCUUGCCUCCCCCAUGCAUGCUCUGCAGGACUGAGGUGUGUUUGUGGUGUGUUCACAUAGAUAUAGCCGACCCCAAUUGAGUGAGUGAAAAGAGUACUUGUGUGUUUCCUAACAGCCAUGACCCCCUUUGGUAAGUGUUUGAAUAUAUUUUGGUGUGCUGUGUGUGUGUAACUUGUACAAACACGUGUAUGUUCCCUUUAAAAAAGCUUUAUGGAAUGUGUUCUGAUUAUUUGAGGUUUAGUGAUAGCUAGAGAUAGUAGGUACUGCUGCUAUUUUUUAUUUAGCAUGGGGAUUGCAGUGACCAGCACACUGGACUCCAGCGUGGUUCAGACAAGACAGAGCAGAACAGUGACCAUCGCCAUUGAGCCAGAAGCUUCUUCAGUCCUGGCCCAUAGAGACUGUACAUUAUGAAGAGUACACAAAAAGACUUUGUGACUGUCACUUGCUUUUUUACUUUUCUGCGCUUCAGCAACAAGUGUUGGCAAAUGAGACUUUGUCCGGGACCUGGUUCCCCCUCCCCCGGGACCAGCAUGACUGUCCUUCCAGUCUGAACUGUCUGUCUUUCUCUGGCCUGCCAAGAAUGGAGAGAGAUGGGCCAGGCAGAGGACAGAGCUGGAGGCAAUCCAUCUAGGGAAUGGGACCUUGAGGCCACACUUGGGGAACACUGGGGCUGCUAUUCUGGAGCUUUUAUUUCUGAUGUGUUUGUUGCACAGCUGUUUGAAAUGUUUAAUAAAGCUUUAUAAACUUUA